GCCGCGGUGAUGACCUCGGACCGGUCCGCUGGGCCCUUGCGUAUUCUUUUCGAAAAUGAUCGUAUCAGAAUCUCUGACUUUCGCUUGCCGCCCGGGGGAUCUUUCCGCGCUUUGCACGAUGUGCCCACAGUGCGUUGGCAGGUGGACAGUGCUUGCGGAGAUCGAGGUAAAGGCCCCGAAGAGGUAGCCGACAAGCAGGUAUUCUUUGUGGAGGCGGGGGAGGAGUGGCAGCUGCAGAAUACCGGCGCGAGCGUGUAUCGACAGGUGCUCUUUGAGAUCAAGCAGCCCGCCAAACACAGCGAGGAACAGGUGCGCGACCUUCUCGCGCGCGCCAAGUAUUCCACGAACGUUGGCACGGAGCUCCUUUUCGAGAACCGUCUGUGUCGGGUUUGGGACUUCUUCCUGGCCCCAGGGGAAGGACGCUUCGAGGAUGUGCACCACCAUGUGCUGGACUAUGCCUUUGUGUAUGUUGCUCCUGGACGCCUCCUGGGAUCAUACCACGAUGGCAAGCCCGGGUUGUUCGAUUCCAUCAACGAGGACGGAGACGUGACAUGGAGCGACAUCCCAGACACCGCUCCUGAAGACGAGCGAUACGCACAUGGUGGCAAGAAUGGCUACAGCGACCGUCCAAUGCGUGAAUACUUGGUAGAGCUGAAGUAG